ACCAGUUAACCGUGCACCCUUUCAGCCACAGGUAUGUAUGUUUGGCACGCGUGCGCCUGACCGCACGCACACGCAUGGACGCACCUAGAAUCUGCCAAAUAACUACGCUUCAUGUGUGAGCACUGACCGUUGGAUCAUACGGCUUCGCACCCACAGGUAUGUAUGUUUGGCACGCGUGCGCCCGCCCGCCCGCACGGACGCACGAGACCGGCGUCUCAGCAUUGUGCAUUUGGCUGCACGCACGCGAGGAGGGCUAAAUAUAUAAGCUAUCCCGCGCGGAGGGAGAUCGGCGACCAACAGAACAGAAAGAAGGACGCGAGCGAGACCCGAGGAGAGCCGAGAGCUGCAGCGUCCGGCGUCCCCCGCCGACGCCGACGUCGACGCCACCGUCACCCAGAACCCCUCCUCCGCACGCCCCUGCCACCAGCGCCCCGGGCCCCGGCUAUGGCGCUAGUGCCCGUGGCUGCGCGCUCGUCUUUCUUCAAGGAGCUGUGGGAGGCUCUACUGGAGGUACUCUGGGACGAGGUCAAGGAACAGGCGAUGGAGCGCUGCCUCCGCUACCUGUACCACAAGUUCCUCGAGCGCGAGGAGCCUCCACCCGCGCCCCUCCCGGAUUUCGCGCAGUUCUUGGUCGCCGACGGCGACACGGCGGCCGAGACAGCAGUCUUCGGGCCCCGCCCGGGGCCCCCCUUCCGCUUGGGCGACGGGAACCCCCGUCCCGGAUUCCUAUUCCUCCUCCUCGACGGCGAAGUCCGCCAGCGGCCUCCGCCCACCAGCGGAGCAAUCGGCGUCGACCAUGUCCCGAUCCCCGAUUCAUUCUUCUACCCAUCCGACGCGGAGCGGUACGCCGUCCCGGUCUUCGCGCGGAGAGCGCCGCGCCUCGGCCCGGUCCUCGGCUGCGGCGCCUCGCCGCUCUCGCCUCCGCGGCCCCCGAGGUCCGUCCUUGUGCUUCCUCCUCCGCCGCCGCCGCCGUCAAGCGGCCCGACGCCGCCGCCCUCCGUCCCCGGCGCUCACCCGAUCGGUCCUGCCGCGUCGACGGCUGCUGUGGUGCCGGGUUUCCUCUCCCGGCACUGGCACUGGCUUGCCCUCGGGGUCGCGGCCGCGGCCGUGGUGGCCCUCGUCGUCUUCGCGCGGAGGCGGUCCCAGCGCCGGCGCCGGGCGGCGGAGGAGGAAGCCCGCCGCGGCUCCACGGAGGGGACCGACGGGACCAGCUAGAACCGCCGGCAGCGAGAUGCCGGCCGUUACACAGGCCAGGACCCAGGAGACGCCGGGCCCCCAUGGGCCAUAGGGAGGGCCCAUCCGGCCCAGUUACUUUCCAAGUUUUUUGUUUCUAGUCGAACCAUGCCUGAUACAUUUGAUAGUGUCAGCGCAUUCUUUGUUUCUUGAUAUACUUCUGGAACUUUCAUUUUUGCGCUUCGGCUGG